GGCAUCGUGGUGGACGUCCCCUUCGCCUCGUUCUUCCUGAGCCAGCUGCUCGGCCACCAUCACAGCAUCUUCUACAGCUCAGUGGACGAACUUCCCUCCUUGGAUUCCGAGUUCUAUAAGAACCUGACCUCCAUCAAGCGCUACGAAGGAGAUACCAGCGACCUGGGCCUCACCCUCUCCUACGAUGAAGACGUGAUGGGCCAGCUUGUGUGCCACGAACUCAUUCCUGGGGGAAAGACCAUCCCGGUGACCAACGAGAACAAGAUCAGCUACAUCCACCUGAUGGCCCACUUCCGCAUGCACACCCAGAUCAAGAACCAGACAGCCGCCUUCAUCGGCGGCUUCCGCUCCAUCAUCAAGCCCGAGUGGAUCCGGGUCUUCUCCGCCCCCGAGUUGCAGCGGUUGAUAUCUGGCGACAAUGCGGAGAUCGACCUGGAGGACUUGAAGAAACACACCGUCUACUACGGGGGCUUCCAUGGCAGCCACAGGGUCAUCAUCUGGCUCUGGGACAUCCUUGCCAACGACUUCAGCCCCGAGGAAAGAGCCAUGUUUCUCAAGUUUGUCACCAGCUGUUCCCGGCCGCCCCUCCUGGGCUUCGUCUACCUCAAGCCUCCCUUCUCUAUCCGGUGCGUGGAAGUGUCGGAUGACCAGGACACGGGGGACACCCUGGGCAGCGUCCUGAGGGGCUUCUUCACCAUCCGGAAGAAGGAGCCCGGGGGCCGCCUGCCCACCUCCUCCACCUGCUUCAACCUCCUGAAGCUGCCCAACUACAGCAAGAAGAGCGUCCUGAGGGAGAAGCUGCGCUACGCCAUCAGCAUGAACACGGGCUUUGAGCUCUCGUAGCGGCCCUGGCGAGAGAAAGGAGGGCCUGGGGGGGCGGGGCCCAGUUGGCUGCACAAAACAGCCCCUUCCCCGGAGCCCUUGGGACUCCGGUGCCCAGGUAGAAAAGGAGCUGCCUCCAGCACUGCUUCGCUCCUCCGAGACCGCAGCUGGCCUGCCAUUAAACGUAGCCUUGCCUGCAAACCUUGUAGAGUGAGCCGUUGCAGGGGGCAGGGGCCGCGUGGAGGGCUGGGCAGGGGGUCCCUCGCGUUAAGAGCCCCCAUGGCUGCUGCAGAGGGCGGGGCCUCUUGAUGCCGCCUUCUCUCUUCCUCCACGUUGCUGCGGCCUUCCUGCCUGUCCUGGUCAAGCGUCCCAACUGCCCUGGGCGGGCUGUGGCCAAACUCUUGCAGGGCUCCCUUGUAAGGAGGCCGAUCUCCGCCUGCUGAGUCCGAGGCCUCCUCAGAGCGGGUGAGAGAUUAGAGUUAGCGGCCAGAAAACCUGUUCCUCCGUGAGCCUGCAAGGCUGCCUUUACCUCUUGACCCGAAAGUGGGAGUCUUGUCCAGCCCACUUUUGUUCCCUUGAACUGCUGGCCAAACCAGUUUGGCUUUGGAUCCCCCCCCCGGGCCCUCCCCAGCAAGGCACGGGACUGGAAUCCACCCCUCGGCCUUCAGUGGCCAAGGCCCAGGGCAAGGGGUCUCCAGUGUGAACUUUGAGCAGCCUCCCUGGGGGAAAGGCCUGGCGCGGAAGGCGCCCGAGUGCACUUAGGCCGAGGGGGGUGGUGGGGUCUUUCAGCCCCAAGAAGGAGCACGUAGGCAGAAGGCGAAGGGGACCCCGCCGGGCAGACCAGGGCGGUCGUGUGCCACGUCUCUCAGGGUUCUUUUGAGGUUGAGUCUGGCUGCUUGUGGAAGGAGGUUCUAAUGGGUUUAGACCAGGGGGCUCCAAAGCUGGCAACUUUUAAGACUCGUGGACUUCAACUCCCAGGAUUCCCCAGCCAUUAUGCCGGAGAGCCCCAACCUAGGUCAGUGGUUCCCAAA